GCGUCAUAAAGGCGCGGCAUCGCCUAUUGCCCGGUAGACGUCAGAGAUGUGCGCCCAGGGAAUCUUUCGGUCUGACCUGGAGGCACUUAGUGGAGGAUGGGAGAUGCCGAUCUGUAAAGGAAAGGAGGACACUCGGAUCGCUAAUGCAGAAAAGCCAGGACAGCUCAGAGACCCGGUGCUCCACCGGCACCCAGACUGACUGCAUGCAGGGCCACGUUCCAAGACUUUCAAAAGUCAAUUUAUUCACACUAAUGAGCCUCUGGAUGGAGAUUUUCCCUUCUGACGAACAUGACAGACCAAAAAAGAAAUCCCAGACUAAAAAGACUGGCCUUGUCGUGGUUUUAAACAUGAGGAUAGUUGGGCUACACUGUUCCAGCGAGGAUCUGCACGCAGGACAAAUCGCAGUCAUUAAACAUGGCUCCAAACUCAAAGACUGUGAUCUUUACUUCUCCAGAAAGCCUUGUUCAGCCUGUUUAAAAAUGAUUGUCAAUGCGGGUGUCAAUAGAAUUUCCUACUGGCCGUCAGACCCUGAAAUGAGUUUACAGCAGGAGUUCCUAGAUCCCACAAGUAAUGGAGAUGCAAAGCUUGAUGCCAAAGCCGUUGAAAGGCUGAAGUCAAACAGCCGCGCUCAUGUCUGUGUCUUGCUGCAGCCGCUAGCGUGCUACAUGGUACAGUUUGUAGAAGAAACAUCCUUGAAAUGUGAUUUUAUUCAGAAGAUUGAAAAGAAACAGCCUCUUUUAAGCACAGGGUUGUUUUAUGAGUACAGGCAAGAGAGGAUGAAGGAGUUUGAAACCCGCUUUUUAAUCUCCAGCGAGGAAACACACAAGGACAUCCUGAGAUUAAUGGGGCUGGAAAAUCUCUGUGAGAAUCCAUAUUUUGUUAGUUUAAGGCAGAACAUGAAGGAACUUGUUCUCAUUUUAGCCACAGUGGCAUCUAGCGUUCCCAGUUGCUGUGACUUUGGCUUCUACCUCAAUGACCCUCAGGUGAAAAGUGAAUUGAGUCUCUGCCAAGGAAAGGCAUUGCACUGUAUAAUUCAAGCUCGACUUCUGGCUUAUCGAGCAGAGGAUCACAAGAUUGGUGUUGGUGCAGUUAUAUGGGCAGAACGUAAACAUGGUGCAGUAGAUUGUGAUGGCACAGGUUCCCUCUACUUCCUUGGUUGUGGCUACAAUGCCUUUCCAGUGGGCUCUGAAUAUGCUGAUUUUCCUCAUAUGGAUGACAAGCAAAAGGACCGGGAAAUUCGGAAGUUUCGAUAUAUUAUUCAUGCUGAGCAAAAUGCAAUAACUUUCAGGUGCAACGAGAUCAAACCAGAGGAGAAAACCAUGAUCUUUGUGACUAAGUGCCCUUGUGACGAGUGUGUUCCUUUGAUCAAAGGGGCAGGAAUCCAGCAGAUAUAUGCAGGGGAUAUGGAUAUUGGCAAAAAGAAAGCUGAUAUAUCCUACAUGAAGUUUGGGAAGCUUACAGGAGUUAGCAAAUUCACCUGGCAGCAAAACCCACAGAGCUUACUGUUGGCCAACCAGGCGGGUGAUGGAACUGAAAAAAAUUGCUUUUGCAGACGGGGUUUGAACGAAGUCAUGAGGCUCAUGGGGGAAGACCUGCAUUAAAUCAUACAGAACUGUUACCCAGAGCCAUUGACUGAA